AUGUCAGGCCUACUGCCUAGAUACGAGGGACACCUCAGGAAUUUCUUCGAGGCUUGGCAGGGCAAAACUGAUGCUUCUCGAGCAAACUCAGGACUCCUGUUUAGUUACGAGGGACACCUCAGGAUUCUCUUUGACGUGAGGCAGGGCAAAACGGACACUUCUCGAGGUGAGGGGGGAGGCCCAGGGUCCCUUUCCAGUAGCCGCAGGGAUAUUGGGAUUCCUAUCAAUGUUCAACAGGAGUUAGGCAUCCCCAUUCUUUGUCGGAUUGAACUCCGGGUGCCUCUCGAUGUGUCAAAAGGAUAUGAGGCCUCCUUUCGAGAUGAGAAGGUUACCAAGGCUUUCCCUAUGGCCUACACAGGAGAUUGA